CUUAACGGAAGCUUUCGCAGGUCAAUUUAAGUCGGCGUGCUCAUUUGAACCAGUAAAACAAACGAAGCAGAAGACGGGCGGCCCAGCACUGAUUAUACAACUUUCCAAUCAAUAUUAAUGGAGUGGCAGCCAGAUGAGCAGGGGCUCCAGCAGGUCCUCCAGCUGCUUAAAGACUCCCAGUCGCCCAACACUGUCACACAAAGAGCUGUCCAACAAAAACUUGAACAACUCAAUCAGUUCCCUGAUUUCAACAACUAUCUCAUCUUUGUCCUCACAAGACUUAAAACUGAAGAUGAGCCGACUCGCUCUUUGAGUGGUUUGAUAUUGAAGAACAAUGUUAAGGCCCACUACCAGAACUUCCCCUCUGGAGUUUCCGAUUUCAUCAAGCGGGAAUGCCUUAACAGCAUUGGCGAUCCCUCGCCGCUUAUCCGGGCCACCAUCGGCAUCCUUAUCACUACGAUUGCCUCCAAAGGGGAACUACAAUCAUGGCCGGAGCUGCUGCCACAGCUCUGCAGCUUGCUUGACUCUGAGGACUACAACACCUGUGAGGGCUCGUUCGGUGCAUUGCAGAAGAUCUGCGAGGACUCGUCGGAGCUGCUGGACAGCGACGCUCUGAACAGGCCCCUCAACGUUAUGAUACCUAAAUUUCUUCAGUUCUUCAAGCAUUGCAGUCCAAAGAUUAGGUCCCAUGCUAUAGCCUGUGUGAACCAGUUCAUCAUCGGAAGAGCCCAGGCCCUCAUGGAAAACGUUGAUACCUUUAUAGAGAGUCUGUUUGUGCUGGCAGUAGAUGAAGACUCCGAGGUCCGUAAGAACGUGUGCAGAGCCCUGGUCAUGUUGCUAGAGGUCCGCAUCGACCGUCUGAUCCCCCACAUGCACAGCAUCAUUCAGUACAUGCUGCAGCGGACUCAGGAUCCUGAUGAGAAUGUGGCUCUGGAAGCCUGCGAAUUCUGGUUGACCUUAGCAGAGCAACCUAUUUGUAAGGAGGCGCUGUCUGGACACCUGAUGCAACUGAUCCCCGUUUUAGUGAAUGGGAUGAAGUAUUCAGAGAUCGACAUCAUUCUGUUGAAGGGUGACGUGGAAGAGGAUGAGGCGGUGCCAGACAGCGAGCAGGACAUCAAGCCCCGUUUCCACAAGUCGCGCACCGUAACCUUGCAACAUGAAGGAGGGGAGGGAGAGGAGGAUGAGGACAUCGAAGAUGACGAUGACGAUGACGACGACAAUGACGUGCUAACAGACUGGAACCUGCGAAAGUGUUCGGCUGCAGCACUCGAUGUUUUGGCCAACGUUUUCCGCGACGACCUACUGCCCCACCUUCUACCGCUUCUAAAAGGGUUACUCUUCCAUCCAGACUGGGUGGUCAAGGAGUCUGGCAUCCUGGUACUCGGAGCCAUAGCUGAAGGUUGCAUGCAGGGCAUGGUGCCCUACCUACCUGAGCUCAUCCCCCACCUCAUCCAGAGUCUGAGUGACAAGAAGGCCUUGGUGCGCUCCAUCGCCUGCUGGACUCUGAGUCGCUAUGCGCAUUGGGUGGUCUCCCAGCCCCCCGACUCCUACCUCAAACCCCUUAUGACGGAGCUUCUCAAGCGUAUCUUAGACAGCAACAAGAGGGUGCAGGAGGCCGCCUGCAGCUCCUUUGCCACCCUGGAGGAGGAAGCGUGCACAGAACUGGUUCCCUACCUGAGCUUCAUCCUGGACACACUGGUUUUUGCCUUUGGGAAGUACCAGCACAAGAAUCUUCUUAUUCUGUAUGAUGCCAUUGGGACUUUAGCAGAUUCAGUGGGUCACCAUCUUAAUCAGCCUGAGUACAUCCAGAAGCUGAUGCCCCCUUUAAUAGCAAAGUGGAAUCAGCUAAAAGAUGAAGACAAGGAUCUUUUCCCUCUAUUAGAGUGUCUGUCGUCCGUAGCUACCGCCCUGCAGAGCGGCUUCCUGCCGUACUGCGAGCCUGUUUAUCAGCGCUGCGUCACAUUAGUUCAGAAGACGCUUGCUCAGGCCAUGAUGUACAACCAGCAACCUGACCAGUAUGAGGCUCCAGACAAGGAUUUUAUGAUCGUGGCCCUGGAUCUGCUCAGUGGGCUUGCAGAGGGUCUCAGUGGCCACGUGGAGCAACUUGUAGCCCGAUCGAACAUAAUGACCCUGCUUUUUCAGUGCAUGCAGGACACCAUGCCCGAAGUGAGGCAAAGCUCCUUUGCACUGCUGGGGGAUCUAACCAAGGCAUGCUUCCUUCAUGUGAAGCCCUGCAUUUCUGAGUUUAUGCCCAUCCUCGGGCUCAACUUGAACCCAGAGUUUAUCUCUGUGUGUAACAAUGCCACCUGGGCCAUCGGAGAGAUCUCUAUGCAAAUGGGUGCAGAGAUGCAGCCUUAUGUUGGUAUGGUGCUGCCCAACCUGGUGGAGAUCAUCAACAGACCCAACACCCCCAAGACUCUGCUGGAAAACACAGCCAUUACGAUUGGCAGACUCGGGUUCGUCUGUCCUCAGGAAGUGGCUCCACAGCUGCAGCAUUUCAUCAGACCAUGGUGCACGUCAUUGAGGAAUAUUAGAGAUAAUGAGGAAAAGGAUUCUGCUUUUCGAGGAAUCUGCGUUAUGAUUGGUGUCAAUCCUGCAGGUGUGGUGCAGGACUUUAUUUUCUUCUGCGAUGCUGUGGCUUCAUGGGUCAGCCCAAAGGAGGAUUUACGAGAUAUGUUUUGUAAGAUCCUGCAUAGUUUCAAGGACCAGGUGGGAGAAGAGAACUGGCAGCAGUUCUCUGAGCAGUUCCCCCCUCUGUUGAAAGAGCGACUAUCAGCCUGCUAUGGUGUCUAAUCCAACCCUUGUUCCAAUGACCUGUCAAGUUCUGAAGGGGAGGGUAACAGGGAAACUCAUUGCACUGCCCAAAUCUUGGGGAGAAACUUGAGCUGGAGGGAUGUGACUGGCCCCAAUCCUCCAGUCUACGGAUGGCCUCUGUUUCCCCUGCGCCCUGUUUGUCUCCAAGGGAGGGUGGGAUGGGGGCGGUAGUUGAGGGAGGGUAAAACAGGGAUAUUUGUAUACCUCUCGUAAUAAAUGCCUCACUGCUAGAAACUCAAAAGUGACUUUCGCCAACCGCAAUCCAGGGGUCUUGGGUAGGCGAGGGCAGAGUUCAGACCUCCGUCUUCACGUUUGGAUUGCUCAUACAAGUUGGUGAUGUCUGGAUGGAGAGGGGGUGGGCAGAUGGGUACAAAAAGUAAUUAUCUGAACCAGCAAAUACUACAAAGCAUGUAGAAUGCUCACAUGUAGCUGUUUAAACAGGAAACGGAUGUUUUUACUUCGUAAUGAUGUGCACAGAACCUUUGCACCUUUUCCAGCAGAAUGGCAUACACCUUUCUAUGUGUACACGCACGCAUCUUUGUUCAUAUGUAAAUUAAGUCGGAUUUGUAGAUUUCCUUUCUAACUGUAGGACUCUCAUUUCUUUCCCCACAACAGAAGCAGUAAAGGUUUAUGCCUUCCCGGUUCCAACAUACUAUAAUACACAUAUUCUAGGCUUAAGUUGCAUGUCCACGUGAAUGUCUUCUUUAUUUGUAAGCAUUAAUUGUCAGUUUUCAAGCCGUCUACUGUUUGGUCCAUGUGUCCCCUCAAUCUAAUCAUCGCCCCCCCACCUAUAGUUUUAACAGAGGUUGUUUGUGUCAAGACGAACUAUAGAUAAAUUCAGGAAUAAACGUGUUUGAUGGUUGUUAAUGCAACAACAUUGCUAAUACUGUAAGCAGAUAAAGAACCGUGUUCGCUGCUGUGGCUUCGUUCUUAAUAUUUAAGGAAUGGACUCGCUGAGAUCCAUCUGUCAUCACCAAGAAUGGAUUCUUACUGGUAUAAAUGCACUUUUUCUGUUCUGAGAAAAUUUAUUUUCUUAUGCAAGACAGUAAUAAUAUACUGAAGUUGUUAGCUUUUUCCGGAUAAGUGAUUUUAGGACUGCUGUAAGCAAAAUCAUAAUAAAGCGGAGUUAAGAGUAAGACUUAAGCGAGCCCAUAGAUUUAUAAUGUAACUCCUAAAAUGGGAUAAAUAGGAUUAUAGGAAUGACGCACUGCACCCUCAUAUGUAUCAGAAAUCAUCUCUUUCUCUCUUGUCACGUGUUAAGGGUCAGAAAAGCGCUUAUCAGGUUUUUGUGGUCAGUAUCAGAUCUCGGGUUUUUGUAAAGCUUUAAGCAGCCAGUAGCGAUUUUAGUCAAUUCUGAUUUCGGUUUAAGAACUAUUGAUAGAAACUCGAACAAUAAACAUCUGUCUUAUUUCUUUUCUCCCCCUGGUCUUGCUGUCAGCUGUUAUUAAUUAUAACACAAAGAUCAUAUGUCGGCAAUCAGCAUUAGUAAAACAAGUCUCGUGUAUUUCCCUAAAGAAUGUUGAUCCUUAAGGCCUUGGCAGACCUUGCUGUGCUUUUAAACGUUAGCUGCUGUGAUCUGGCAGACGAGCGCGCUCUUCUAUUUGUAUGUUUUCACUGCAACCUCUUACGAGGUGAUCAUGAGCUGGUUUAUACACCAUGUUAAAUAAAAAAUUAUUCUUUCUCUUCAGAAUAUAAAUCCUGUUUUUCCUUGUGGUUCUUAAAAGUUGAAUUAUCCACACUGGAAAAGCAGCAGAUCUCUGCUCGCUAUAUUUGUUUAAAAACUAUCAUCGUCAUCUUUCUUCUGCUCAUGGAUCCGAUAUCCAUUAGCUGACACAAAGACUUUCUAGUAGAGCACACUAGGAAGUAUGAAUUAGACAAUGUUAAAAGGCUGACAACAUGUGCAGAUCUGCCAGGUUCUGUAAAAGGUUUAAGUCUCUGAAGGAUGAAAUGCUCCGACUGUUUAGCCUUCCUGUUAUCUACCGGGAAGUCUUGCUGUUUUGUUUUGCAGCCAGAAGAAAAGGCAAAAGCAUGUCUCUAAGUCGCAGAGCUUCCUCUGACUUAAUUUUAAACAUCUUUUUCAAUAAUAAUGAUGAAAAUUCCCAGCUUUGAGUAAUCUUCACUGAGUAACAGCAUCCAACUAGAAAAGUAUUGCAUAUGGUGCAUUCACUGAGCGGGAAAAGAUUAGAUAAUAAAAAUUCAACCUGUUUCUCAGGUAUUCUGUUAUUGGUUAUUAAUGGCUGUUUAUUGAUCCCUGAAUUAAAAGAUUUGAGUUUUAGCAGUUUUUGUAGCCUUGCUGCUGGACUUAUAUGGUACUUCUCCAGCUUCUUAUACUAGUGAUUACUGUUGCCACACAUUCUCCUGCUGAUACUGUGUAGGUUAUGUCUGGGAAUACUGGGAUGUUUUUUGUUUUUUUUAAGUUCUUGGGUUACACAGGUUACCUUAUUAGUGGGAGUGUUGGUCUUUCUUCUGGUUUAUUUUUUUAAAUUCUUGUCCAUAGUUCAUGGUUACAUUGAAACUGUGUGGAUCUCUGCCUGUCGGUGUUUACCAGAAGUACUUAGACAUAAUUGUGCACCAGCCCUACUUAAAAAUGAUUCUAGGAAGUACAGUCUAACUCAUGCCUGUUUUCAUGUAGCUCUCAGAUGUAUUUGUUUGCCAGCCAAUAAGUAAUUCUUAUUGUCAGGUUGCUUAAAGAAACUCCAAAGAUGAAGGUGCUUUUUAAAAAAAAAGAAAUCUAUUCCUGCCUGAUUGAAUAAACAAAUGUCAGCUUCUGUUGAUGGAUUAUGCAUUUUGUAAGUUUAAUUUGAUUUGCAUUUCUCCUUCCACAAAUGUGAUGUAUUAUUAUUAUUUUUUGUUACUGAUGUUUUAAGAUCUUAAACCACAUUCAGAAGCACCACAUGGAGACCAUGGCUUGUUUUUUGGAUGUAAAAGGAAGCAUUGGCCUGUGUUCAGAAGUUGAAUUGUGCUGAAUUCAGCAGAAUGUUAAAUUUGGAUUAAUAAAAGUAUAAUGUAACUAGACCUUUGCCAUGGUAAUAUGCACAAAAUUACACUUCAAUGCAAGCUUUUUUUUUUUUUACUUUAAUUUAUUGUUUUUUUAAUUUUUUUGUUUAAGGCUCAUGGCAAUUUUUAUUUAUUUUACUUUUUGUUUAUUAUAUUCUAUUGUGCUGCCAUGCAAAAUUUUUGUUUUGGACUUUAAAGGUUUUUUUCUUUCUAUUCUUUUUAUUUAAAGAGCAGUUUUGUUUUAUAGCUUGUCAUCUGAUUAUGUUACAUUUGAUGUGGGCUGAAUGCAAGUCAAUGCUGGGAGAUAAUUUUAGGGGAAAAUGGAAAACUAGCUUCUUUUUUAUAUAUAGCUGGUAAAUUUCAUAAUUCCUUCUUGCUGAACUGUGGUGUGAGUGGGAUCUAAUAGGAUGUAUCCCUUAUGUAAUAUUUAAAGGGGAAAUAUUCCUAUAGAUCUUUGAGUUUGCUGAAAGUUUUGUACGAUAAAUGACGCAUGAAUAGAACAAUCAUUGUUUUGAGAGUAACGGCUCGUUAGCCUCCUAGCAGAACUGCUGAGGUCCUAUCUUCGGCGGUUCUGCUUGGAGGUUAAUGGCACCUGAACAAUAUGGAAUAAAUGCCACUGUCAGAGGAUACUUUAAAGGCAUUUUGGGGGUUUUUUUGCUUUUAAAUUUUUACAAAAUAAAAUAUGAAUUAUCA